UAAAUUUUACAUAAAAAACCGAAAAUAUCAUAUAAUUUGGAACAUAAAUUUUUUUCUAAAACGACUUAUAUUAAAAGACGGAGGGAGUAUAACAAAGGAAAAUAACAUUAAGUUUCCACAAAUAUAUUGGUAAAAUUUAUGGAAACAACUGUGUUAGGUAGAAACUUGACGGGCAAGGCUAUUCCUUUUAUAUUAAAUGAAGGCUUCAUUUAGGGUUUCUUACAUAUUGAGUAAUUUAUAUUCAUGUCUCUAAUUCUGAACCGGCUCUCGAAGCUCUGGCUUGGGAAAUCUCGAAGAUCAACUCUUCUACUUCUCUCUAACGGAUUCUCAUCUUCCUCGAGGAAAAAGCAAACCCCUCCCUGUUUCGUCGUCUCAGCUGAACUUUGUGAACCUUAUGAAGCCUGUCUCGGAAAACUCGUCAUUUCAGAGGUUCAUAAUGACAUGAUUAAUCUGGAAAAGAAGGUAAAUCUGGAGUUGCUUUAUAAUGAUAUUUUUGAUAAAGUGGUAACGAUCGGCGCAUCUAACGGAUGGGUAGCUACUUUGAGUGGCGACGACGGAAUCCUGCGUCUCCAAGAUGACCUAAACCCGUAUGCAUCGUAUACAGAUCCAAAAAGCAUUCCUCUGCCUCCUCUUGUGACUCUGCCAUGUUGCCAAACCCAAAUCGUCACCAACGUGUCAAUGUCCUCAUCUUCUCCAGAGGAUGAAGACUGUGUUGUGGCUGUCAAGUUUUUGGGACCUCAGCUCAGUUUUUGCAGACCAGCUCAGAGUAAACCCGAAUGGACCAAUAUCACGAUCGAAAACUCAUGCUUCUUCUCUUCUCGUGUUAUGUUUUCCAAGAAAGAGGGCAUGUUUCGCGUUCUUGGGGCUGGAGGUCACCUCGUGGGAACAUGGGAUCUCCAGAAUCACAAACACAAGAUUCAGAGGCUGCGGUUUAAAAACAUUCCCGAGUUAACCAAGACCACAAACGAGCUUAUGGAUUCGUGCUGCACGUACGAGCACUUGGUGGAGUCAGUAACCACCGGCGAAACUUUCUUGGUUAAGCAGUACAAGAAGACUGUUGAGAUCGAUGAUGGUGUUGCCAAAAUGAGAACAGAAUAUUUAAUGGUGUUCAAACUAGACGGUGAAGGCAACGCGGUUCACACUGAAGACAUAGGAGAUCUUGUCAUUUUCCUCUCAAUGUCUGAACCUUUUUGUCUCCGGGCUAGUUCUUUUCCUGUCCUGUUCCCGAACAGCGUUGAAAGCUUGGAUUACUGGGAAAAUGUAACUGUCGAACUGGCUGACUACUUAGUUAUUAGAGGCUUUCGUCCAUUCUUGGCCCCUUACCUUAUUCCACCACAACAUAUAGAUUAGUAAAUGUUUGUAUGUAAUAGAGUCAUGCAUCCACAAUUAUAAGCUUUUGUAACUUCAUUUCCACUGUUACCAAUCAGUUGCUUCUUAGAUAAAAAAUACGGAAUUACCUAAUAUGACUAAAAUAUAUAUUGCAAUUAAUGAUUUUGAAUAAUAAAAAUUUGAUAACAAUUUUUAUAUAUCAUUUUAUAUUUUAUAUUAUUAAAAUAAACUUAAAAAUCAUAUUCACUAUAUAAUAAAAAUAGAUUUUUUUUUUUUGAGAAAACAAAGUUGGCAACUUGGAAUAAUCAAUUUUCAAAAAUCCAAACAUCCUACAUCGUGUAAUUCAAACUUAUUUGUGCUGUAUACAUACGUCCACACUUAAGUUUUUGUUCAGAGGAUUCAAAGAGAGAGAGGAGGCGCCUCCCCCGCGCUCGCCAUGGCUGGGAAAAUGUAUCUCCAGGGCUACUACAAGAUGUUUUUUCUUGGUCAAUUUUCUGUGAAACCUUUUUCACUCAUUUUCGUUUUAUAAUAGUUUAUUACACAAUACUUAUUAAAUAAGUUAGUAAACUUUAGCUUUUUUUUUUGUAAGAAUCUA